AUGGCGGCUUUCUCGAUGACUCUGUCAAAUCCGAAGUCGUUCUCAGCUGCUCCACGAAGACUUUCCCAGAUCAGUACCUCCGCUCUCACAUCUACCGCUUUCCAAUUGCGGACCAGAUCUUCCUUCGAUUCCAUUUCGCUUUCGUCUUCGACUGCCUUCUCCGCCUCAUCGCUCAUCCUUCUUUCAUCUUCCACCAAAAGAAACCACCGCUGCUUCUCCGUUCAGUCGAAUGCUGAGGCUUUAACUGAACCACAGUCGAAAAUAACACAAAAGGUGUAUUUGGAUAUAAGUGUUGGAAAUCCAGUUGGAAAAUUAGCUGGGAGGAUUGUUAUUGGAUUGUAUGGCGAUGAUGUUCCCAAAACUGUGGAGAACUUCCGUGCUCUAUGCACAGGUGAGAAAGGAUUUGGCUACAAGGGUUCUACAUUCCACCGUGUCAUCAAAGAUUUCAUGAUUCAGGGAGGAGACUUUGAGAAGGGCAAUGGAACUGGAGGUAAAAGUGUGUAUGGCCCCAAAUUCAAGGAUGAGAACUUUAAGUUGUCCCAUGUUGGACCAGGAGUUCUGAGUAUGGCAAAUGCUGGCCCUAAUACUAAUGGAAGUCAGUUCUUCAUCUGCACUGUUAAGACGACAUGGUUGGACGGAAGGCAUGUGGUGUUCGGGCAAGUGAUAGAAGGAAUGGAUGUGGUGAAGCUGAUAGAGGAACAAGAGACAGACAGAGGAGACCGUCCCAGAAAGAAAGUGGUGAUCGCUGACUGUGGUCAACUUCCAAUGUCUGAAGCUUAA